AUAACACCCAAGCAAUAAUACAUACAUAAAUGAAACGAAAUUCAGUAGCUUCGGGAGGGGAAUACCCGGCGUGCCUCUUUCAUGUUCGACGUUUGCUUAACAAUCGUUGAGCUAUAAAAUUUCGUCGCCGUGGAGUAAAAUAGUUUAUUGCAAAUAUGCAAUAAAACGAGCCGGCGUGAACAAUCUAGGAUUUUAGCGUGGAGAGAGAACUGAGAUACACGGGUGGGGCCGUAAGGAAGUUUUAAGGUCUGAAACAACACAUGCAUAAGUUUGCAAACAUCUCAAAUUCAAAGGCGAUUAUAUCCACUGAAGUGAGCGCUGCGCUCAGCACAUUUAGACGGCGUUCAGUCUUCUCCCGUACUUCUCGGCAGGCAGGCGUCGGGAGUGUUUGUUUUUCUUUGCAGUGUGUGGUUGGUCGCCAUUCGUUUAGUUCAUUGCGGUGUAUUUUAUUAUAGAAAUCGUACGCGCAUACCCCUAUUUUUGAAUAGUUUAUUUUAAGAAAUCACAUCGCACCGAGCGAGAAGAAUACACCGGCACGAUGAAUUGUUUUGCUAGCGCCGGAUUGCCCGAUGAGGCAUAUGUUUCCGUUCGCUCCAAGCUUAUUGAUGAGACUGAUGGCGAGAUUGAUCGCCCUACGCGCCAUCGGCGUAAAACAAAUGAGAAUUUCAUCUAUGUGAUGGCGUUCUGUUAUGUGCUACUGGCGGGCAUGCUGAUCUACUGCGGUGUUAACGGCCCUGCUAGUGGCCAUCGCGAUAAUUUCGAAUAUGGCCAUUUUAAUAACGAUCCAGAUUCGAUUUGGGAUGAUGUAAUGCACCAACACCUGCAAUUGGGUAGUACAGAUAUGUUGUACAUGGUGGCGUUCAUACUCGCAAUUAUAAUGGUGACAAUAUUGCUUCUGCGUUACUUUAUUGGCGUUUUCAUUUGGACCAUGCUUGUUCUUGGAUCAUUAACGGCACUUGGGCUCACCAUCGUAGCAUGGGCUGUUUUUUUUCAAGUGAAAAAUGAUUCGCACGGAGUAAUUCUGCUUCCGCUAGCCGCCACCGUGGUGACGUUCGUCAUUGUUUUUUUGAUCUAUGCAACGCGAAAACGCAUUCAAAUGAUUAUUCAGGUCUUCAAAGAGGCCAGUAAAGCGAUUGGCGAUAUGCCGCAACUGUUUAUUCAACCGGCAAUUUCGUUUGUCGCAUUUCUGGUAUCGGCCAUUGGGUUUAGCUCCCUUUCAACAGUUGUUUUUAAAGCUGGUAUUAAGGAAAACGGGUAUUUCAAUCCUGACGAUAUUGUGAUCUGCACGUACAUAUUUCUGAGCUGGGGUGGUAUUUGGCUCACAUAUUUCUUCAAAGGAUGCCAGAGUAUGGUCAUUGGUGGAACCGUUGCUACAUGGUAUUAUCGAAGAGAUAAAUCGGACUUGGGAUCGCCGAUGUGGAGGACAACCAGCAAUAUGUUGCGUUAUCACAUGGGCACUGUUGCUUUCGGUUCACUUUUGAUGCUGCUUAUGGAAAUCAUAAAGAGCAUUUCCGAUUUCUUUACGAAACGCAAAAUCGCGCGCGUUUGUUGCUGCUGCUGUGCUUGUAUCUGCUGUAUGCUGAAUAAGUGUAUAAAAAACUUUGAGGAAAUUAUAAAAUAUUUCACCAAGAUGUCUUAUAUUAUGACUGCUAUUCACGGCGUGUCGUUUUGCACCGGUUGUCGCGAAGGAAUGAUACUACUGCUCAACCAUGCGUUUUCACUAAUGCAACUGAAAUGUUUUUGCAAGUUCGUCCUUGGUCUGCUGCAGUUGAUUAUCGUCGCCAUUGUUAUUAUCGUAUGCAGAAAUAUUGCACGUCCAGAUAGUGCCGAUUUCGUAUCGGUUGUUUCUGGUAUUUUCGCGUUUUUUGCCGCUAAUACUUUCCUCAGUCUUUAUAAUAUCGCGAUCGACACGAUCUUCUUGUGCUAUUGUGAGGAUCUGGCUGAGAAUGAUGGCGUCUCGAAACCGUAUUUCAUGUCCAGGGAACUGAUGUGUUUCAUGGAGGAUUCUAAGAGGACGUUGAGUGAUAUUGUGAGGGAUAUGGCAGGUGAGGUCGAUAUGCCUGGUCGAGUCGUGCGUGGACAUGAUGAUGGUCCAAAUGCGCCUUCAAUGGGCCCCAUCUGAUUACCUUUUUAAAAAUGUUCUUACGUCUUUUUUCCAUCGUUUUCAAUUGUUAUUCAUGGUUUUAUGAUCAACGAAAAGUUUAUAUACUUUAUACUUUUUUAUAACAUUGUAUUAUGUACUUCCGAGUAUUUUAUCAGUAUAAUAAAUUUUUGAUAUAAUAGAA